AUAUUACAUCAGAUUUUUAGAACGUUCAAAAACAAAAAUAAAAGUUUAAUACAUUUGUUGUUGACCUUUAGUUAUCAUAAUCUCUGUGAUUGCAUUUGCUAUACGAUCACGAUGUGUCGAAUCUUAUGUUGUUGCUUCUGCCGCAAGAAGAAGAAGCCGCGAGAUGUGAAAAGGGGUAAAAAGGGAAAGAAGGAUGGAGACCUUGUUGUUUUGAAGCAGACUAAGCCUAAGAAAAAGCGUCACGAUGAAGUAGUAGAUAUAAAAGUAGACUCAUUUUGUUGUUGUGGCGGCGGUGACGGUGGUGGAGACGGCGGAGGUGGAGGUGGAGGCUGUGGUGGUGGCGGUGGAUGUGGAGGUGGUGGUGGAGGCGCUUAAUAUAUGAUCAUAUAUAAUUUGUCAUUUCUUGUGUACAUGUCAUGUGUUUAUUUGUUUGAAAUAAAUAAGAUCUUGUAUUUAUAAAUGUAAUGUAAGAAUUAUUUUAAGGUGAGAUAUCUUGUUAGACUGGAAAUUGAAUGUGUAUAUAUACAUACACAAUAUAUGAUGCAUCAUAUCUGUAUAUUUUGAUGAAAAAAUGCUAUAUGAUUUAGUUGAA